AUGUCGAUAACGGACUCUCAGGCUCUGACCUUGGAGGUGGCUGAGAAAGUCACCUCCAUCCUCUCUGUUGUGGGUGCUUCCUUCAUCAUCGGGACCUUCUUGCUGGACAGCAGGUUCAGGAAGCCCAUCAACAGACUAGUCUUUUAUGCGGCAUGGGGGAAUCUCUUCGCCAAUGUCGGUACGCUUAUAUCAAGAUCGGGUGUCAACCUGGGAGUGACGUCCCCGUUAUGUCAAUUCCAGGCCUUUCUCAUUCAAUGGUACUGCUCCUCUCCUUUAUCCGUUGUUGACGGCGACGCGUUCUAA